GAGAGAGGGGUCUGAGGCUGAGGAAGGUCACACCCCAGGGCCCGCCCACCCUGCUGCCAAAGCAGGAAGCAGGUGGGGCCUCAGCUGAGAAGGCGGGAAGGUUCUUUAUCAUUGAGGGACUUUCCUGAAACCUGGGCCUGAGUCAGAAAUGCCGCGCCAGCGCCGGGGACUGAGAGCCAGGCCCAGGAGACACUCCGCUCCGGUGCCCUGGCCCAGCAACCCAGUGAGCAGGUUCAGUCGUCAUUAUUUCUACUUUCACUUUACGAACCAGCCUUACCCCGAAGAUCGAAAAGGCUGCUACCUCUGCUUCCGAGUGGAAAGGACACAGGGGGGCUUGUCCUCGGAGGUGGGCUCCGGGGUGUUUGAGAAUGAGUUCUAUCCCAAGGAGCCCGUCCACGCAGAAAUCUGCUUCUUGAAUUGGUUCAAGGCCCAGCCAGCCUUCCAGGCCCAGCGCCUGGCCCCUGAGGAGAAAUACCAGGUCACGUGGUUCAUGUCCUGGAGCCCCUGCUUCCAGUGCGCCAGGCAGGUGGCCAAGUUCCUGAGGGACCACACGUCCGUGCAGCUGAGCAUCCUCGCCGCCCGCCUCUACUACCCCAGGCGCCCCCAGUACCAGCAGGGGCUGCGCAGCCUGCAGGGCGCAGGGGCCCACGUGGCAGUAAUGACUCCAGCUGACUUUGCCUCCUGCUGGGAAAUGUUUGUGGAUGACCACAAAAAGCGAUUCUGGUACUGGAAAGGAAUAUACAUAAACAGUUGCAGCCUAGCUAAGAGUUUGGAGGACAUUCUUGGGAACCUGGGCCUGAGAGCAGAAAUGCCGCAGCAACACUGGAACCAAGACUCCACUCCGGUGCCCUGGCCCAGAAGACUGUAUCCCAAGAUCUUCGACUUCAACUUCCAAAACAUAAAUUCCUACGGGCGGAAGUCUACCUUCCUCUGCUUCGAGGUGGAAAGAUGGAAGAAUGGCUCAUUUCUUAACUCUCUGAAGGGUGUCUUUCGAAACCAGCUGUUUCAUGACCAUGCAGAACUCUGCUUCCUGGAUUGGUUCUGUAGUUCUCCUCAUGUGCAAUACCGUGUCACCUGGUUCAUAUCCUGGAGCCCCUGCUUGGAGUGUGCAGAGCAGGUGGCUCAGUUCCUGAAGAGGAACGUGAACGUGGACCUGAGCCUCUCCGCCGCCCGCCUCUACUACGAGAACGAAGAUGACCAGGGGCUUCGAGAUCUGGUGGAUGCAGGGGCCAAGGUGGCCAUGAUGGCCCCAGAGGAUUUUGAAUACUGCUGGGAUAAUUUUGUGUACCACGGGGGAAGGCCUUUUAAGUACUGGAAGAAUGUGCGUCGAAAUUAUUAUAGUCUGCAGCAGAAGCUUGAUGAAAUCCUCUGGUAG